CACUCUUCCCGUUCUUUCCAUCUGCUCCCCAUCCUCCCAUAGAUAUUCAUAUCCUGCUUCCAUCAUUUGGCCGCUGAUCCACUCAUCCUACAGUGGUAUUCACUGUCCCGUCCGUCCUGUCGCUUGUUGGGAUCUCUUCGACCCCUCGCUCCUUGGUCUAGUCUUUUCUGAAGUACCUCCCAAGUUCCCCGCUCGGUUUUGAUCCCCGAUCCGAUAACAUACAUUAUGAACAAAAUUGUGUCAUUUUCUGACGAGGCCUGUGCUGGAGAGGCUAGCCUUGUGUCAACUCCCGCUUCGUCUUCAGUACCCACCGAUUCAAGCUCAACCAGACAAGCUAUGCCAUUGGGUGCCGCUAGAACCCUUUCCCUCAAUAGACGCGCCGUCAUCUUUUCACCUCGUAACGACACCAAGUACUUUCAUUCCGAUGAUUCCAUUUUGCCAUCUGCUUCUGCUGGUCAACCUCUUGACUUGAAAUUACACCCUACUUCGGAUCCUGUCACACCACACAACAGCUCCCGUAGAAGUCGGACCGUGAGGGGGACGCCCUCCCUUGUAAAAAGCAUACUAAAAUCGCGUGCCCAACAAAUUCGAAUCGCCGCCUCGGUUGAGGAAGGUACUCUGAGCAAUCGCGAACCUGCGCGUUUGCUCAUCAGUGGCAAAAGGCCAGCACUCGCUGCAAGGGACUCAUUCGAGCUUGUCGCGAUGGUUGGAGGAGAAGACCCUCGCGUUGUCAAAGAUACAGUGCGGAUGUCAAGCGGCGCCCCCAGUUCCGACGAGAGUGCACCGUCAUCUACUGCUGGGGGAUCAGACGGGAUCGAGAUAGCAGAAGGAUCAGAAGACGAAGAGGAGGAGGCGGAGAUAGAGCAAGAUGGUACUCUGGCGACGGGUUCACUUAUCGAUAUCAUCCUCAACGGUGCUGAAGAUCUUUUGACUCUUGAAGAAGCGUAUAACAUCCUUACUCUUCGGCUUCGCCAUCGGAUGCCUACAGAUAGUGAAGGAACUAUAACUCCAGAAAUAGAGGAGGACAUACGCAGUGCUGCAGGUCCUAUUCAUGAUGAGGCUCCUGCCAUGGUACGAGCUAUCCAACGAGAUAUCUGUCGACUCUUAGGCAAACCACCCACGUCGGAACCAGCGAUGGAACGCCUCGAGUCGUCACCAUUUCGAGAGAUUACGCCUUUGGUAAUAGAUCGUAAAGAUCGCUUUACCCCAUCCCCCAGUCCACCGCCUGCCGGCGACGGGGUUUCACCAUCCAAAGCCGAAAGACAAGGUUAUACCGCGGCUGAGAUUCGAUACCGCCGUGAAGCAUCCGGAGUCGGUGCUGCUGUGCUUCGAUUCCUUGCUUUUAUCUUUCACAAUCCUCAACUUUAUUGUUGUUUUUCCGAGGCCGAUUUACAACUCCUGCUCGACCAAGUCCUGGGAAUCACUCGAGUUCCUCGCCUCCCCACUCCUAAUCCCAAGAGGACAUAUUUCCUUUGCGUCAUUUUGCUUACACAGCUAAAGCUCCCCUUAUCUUGUGUCUCGCCACUCAAGGACAAGAUUGUCAGAGCUGCGGUCAAAGCCGUGAUGGAGGACUUUAGGUUACGAAACAGUGGUACUGCAUCAGAUAAACCUGGACCCAAUGGUUUCAAAAAAGAAGGGCUCAGUGCGGUCGCUAAUCUUCUCAACACUUAUCCGACCCUCUUUUUUCCAUACUAUGCUGAACUACUCCCUCCAUGUCUUUCGGCAUACAACAACAGCAGCGUGCAAAUACGUUUCCGUGCCGGUGCCGCCGUGGCUGCGUUCGCUAAAGCGAAGAUGAUCUUCAUGGCUCACGUGCAAUCCGGUCCUCAAGAAACAUGGCAGGCGGUGAAAACUGUCAUUCAAAAAUCAGAGUUUUUUGUUGUCUCUCACUUGAAGGGUGCCUACAUUUUGCCUACGACCUCCUCCCCAGUCUACCGCAAAGAUGGAGGAAAGCAAACAGCGUGGGCGGUCCUAGAGUCAAGGUUCAAGGCGACGGUGGGAGAGAAUAAAGAGGUCCAUGUAGCCUGCGCCAGUUGGGCGGCAAUUGUGACGCUUAUAGGCUCGGCUUACAUGCUAUCAGGCCUAAGCUUUAAGAGGAUUGAUUACAUUAUGGAAGGAUCUCUGAAAGCCACCACUAAUGCUAUAAGGCCUAUCCUUGCUCGAGCAGCCUGGAAUCACGCCAUCCACGCAUACUUGUCUUAUGGCUCUACCACCUGCUAUCUUGAAGAUGGCCGAAUCAUCAAAUCGUAUAAACCCUUUAUGGCUAGCCGAGAGCAAGAAAAAUCAUUUGAAAAUGCGGUCGAGAUGCCCAUUUGGCUUGCAUUAAAAGAGGCGCUUGCUGAGAGCAAUUUUACCACCGGCCGUAAUGGUCCUGUAGGAAGACGACCAGCGCAUUACGUCUGGAAGCGCAAUGAAAAGUCCAAAAAGCUGCAGUGGCUCACCACGACUGCUAUGACCACCACCGCCGUCAUGUACGCUUACAUUGGAGUGGCUUUCCACAGUCAAGAUCUCCCUGGGGGAGACAUGACAGCAUUGUCAGGCCUACCAUCAUCUGACAUCUCCGAUGAACCCAUCACCCUGACGCUUGAUCAAAAGCGGCGUUCCCGACUGGAUCAGACUUGGGACAAGAUCGUCUACCCUAUCCUUCAUUCCUUUUUCAGUAUUCGAGGUAUUGACGCUCUCCUCACCUACUCCUGGGACAUUCUGGACGCUCUUACAACGUCAUCCGAAAAACAAACCUUGUGGGACUUUGAUAAGCUAGUUACCACCGGCUAUCACUCCAUUGACGUUUUUGAUGUUGAAAAGGAGAGUGAGCUGCCUUCGCUUCUGGACCAUUUCCAGGCUGUGAGUUUAACGCCGGCGGAUAUCCCAUCGUUUGGCAAGUCUUGGGUUGCAUUCAGGUUGGGCAAGUGGGGACAUCUGUUCAUGGAGGCACUCAGUAGUGUUCACGGGUUGAACCACCCUGACAGUACUCAGUGGGUGAAGGACAAUUCUGGUGCUCCCCUUAUCCCUGUUUCCCUCUCAAAAGUAUGGUGCAACCUUUUACAUGCUUUAGCAUCGUUCAGCAAUUCGGUUGGCGAGGAACAUUCGGUCUAUUUACUUGGUAUCAUGACUGUUACGGAAGUUCUGAUCCAAGUGUGGAGACGACAUCCCAAGGAGAUUAUUCCCAUCAGUCAGAUCGGUGACGACGGAAAAUGCUUCUUCGACGAGGAGCGUGUGAGAAUCGGCUUGACAUCUCAUUUAUUCAACUUAAGUACGGAGAUACUUGGGGAAGACGCGCUUGGUAACAUUAAGUUCCCCAAAGAGAAGAAUGCGAGUCUGGCAAGUUACGCGGCUUGUGCUUUUGGCAUAGAGGAGGCCAGUAGUACUUGUGCUGGUUUCCUUCUGGGUCAGGUGGUCAGGACCAACUUUGUUGUGCCAAAUGACCAAGAGAUCAGAUCGCUAUUUAUGAAGUUCGUCAAGGAAGUAUUGCAUGUCGGAUUACAAGGAGACUCUUGGAAAAGAUUUCUGGGAAGCAUUACGAUUGCGGUGCCUUUCCUAUUCGAGCUCAACGAAGAGUUGAACAUGGAUAUUUGGAGAAUGAUUGCGAGUGAGUGGAGCGAGCGGAUCGUGUACGACAAGCAGCCCUCUCCGAACAAUUAUACUGGCAAUAUCCUCAUCUCACUCCUAUCAGACCCCUUCCGAGGGCGUCAGCUGAAUUCAUACUGGCAUCAACAAGCCACCCUGGAUGACUUGUCUCAAUGGCGAAAACUGUUAGAAACGACAGCACAGAGGUUUAAAGCGAAAAGAGCUGUUAUACAUUCUGGGCUAUUGGAGACUUUAGCGGCCCAUCUAACGGAUUUCCUUGAGCCAAAAGAUAAAACCUUAUGUUCACCGACUACACUUUAUUGUCUGGGGGCUGCUACGUCUCUUAUUUCUUUCCAGCCCGAAAUCCAUCGCAACCAAUAUUCUCCUUGGCAGGCUGACGCAAACCACGUCCCGGUUGACUUUCUCACCUUGUUAAACAGCUCAUUAACACAUGCUUAUUCUGCUGCCCAGUUCCCAAAUGCCAAGAUCCAUCAUGGCCUCAAAAUUUUACUUGAGAGUAUAAACGUCGUUUUGGGAAAAGUUCCUGUAGGGUACAGAGAAGAUGUGCUGUGUCCCCUGAUGGAGGGACUAAGAGUGUGGAUGAAGGACGAUUCAGGGGUGGUAUCACAAGAUAUGGCGCAAUUACUCGAUGACCUCAACGCCACAAUACUCUCCCUCCAGACAAACUCAGCCUCUAGCAGCUGUGAUCUCACAAUCAGUCCACAACGUAUCCAGCUGAUUCUCGACCUGUAUUCGUCUCGUGCGAUUCGCUCUGCGCUCGUGGGGCAGAAUUUGAUGACCCUCAUCAGUUGUAUUCUUGAACGCUCCUACAAUUAUCCAACACCGGAGGUAAUAGGAGCUGUUGAGAAGUUAUUUGGAUUUCUGAUGCUCUUCUUCAAUGAGAUGAGCCCGGAGAAUGCGAAACAAUUGUUUAAUACUGUUCCGUUGGGACUCGUGACAUGGCUGAAGGAUACGAAUAAAUUGGUAGAACAAAGUCCUCUGGAGGAAAAGCUCAAUGAUCUUUAUCGCCUGAUCCUCACCCUUUUUGCCGAAAUUAUUCCCUCUCACAUUCCAGCUGACAGCACAACAGUGAACGCACUCAGUCCUAUUUAUUCCUCUCGCGCAUCAUAUAUGCCAUUGGCGUUUCUGGAGUUCUGGUCGAUUACCUUUCAAGGCAUCCAUAAUCUAGCUUUCGAUGACGACACCAAGGCUUUCCUACGUGAUAUGAUGGAAGUGCAGGAAGGAAAGUUUGAGGUUCCGGGAUUGAGUUUGGAGACCCAAAUGGCUCACGAAAGCUUCUCUUCACCACAACCUCGCCAUCUAAGCCAGUCACAACUCAAUCAAACUCCUUUGCAAGUUUCGGGGAUGGACAUGGAAUCAGGUCAAUCUUACGAUGCGGAUGAGUCCCAGAUUGAUUCGUAUGCCAAAACUGAGGUUGUGUCUGUUGACGAUGGGAAGGCUCAAACGAAUUCCGGCCUUGUGAGAGAGCAAGGCAUACGACAGCCUGCUGAUGGUCCGAUAACUGGUUCCGUUGUAACAAGGGAAGACGUGUUUGGUCCGGCGCCCGCAACUGUCAAACGAGUCAAGAGAAGAGUCAAGGCGAAAAACAUCGAGGGCAAGGGAAAGACAAAGAAGACAGCGGCAAAAGGAGUCAGACAAAAAUCUGGGUCUGCAAAGACGUUCAAGCCAUCGGUUCCUGUUCAAACUGAACUUGAAUCUCAAACCGGAUGCGAGGUAGAGUCGCCUCUGGGUGAAGCCUCGGAAGAUGAGUGUAUUGUGGUACAGCCUGAAUAUGAGUACUACAUUCGUAAAGGUCUUACACCUCCACCCGAUCAUCCCGCCUCGGUGUCGUCGCCAACUCAAGGAUCCCAGACCGAAGUUGAGACCAAGGAUGUUGCCGAAAAUGCCGAGCCAAAGACUGGUUCCCCCUCCAGUGAACAACAUCAGACUUCAAUCAGUCAACGGGCCUCUCUUCUAUCGUCUGCUGGUAGAUGGCUUGCAAAAGUCCCUUCCCUGUCGUUUUUCAGUCCUUCUAAUACAUCAAAAAGCCACGUUCCAAUGGAAAUGCCAGCUGAUAAUUCGUUGUCGGAACCUGCGUCUGUUGGGAAGAAGCAAGCUGGAAGGAAACCGCGGAAGAGGAAGGCUUCUGGACAGCAUCAAAAUCCACCCAAAAGAGCCAGAUCGAAUGUCUCCGUUUCCUCACUUCACUCAGAAGGCAGUCAACGACAAAUCCCUGUAGUGGAGAUUAAUUCUCGAUCCAGGUCUUCUUCUUCACCGCAAGCAAUGAAGGAUGAUGUAAGAAAAGUUGCGGUGGAGGUGCCAUCAGGUGACAAGGGUAAAAACAAUGUCCCGGUACCGACUGAAGGACCGGAAGAUGAGGACGAACUCUUACUUAGCCCAGAAUCUGCGAAGAAGCAAAGACAAGAAGAAGAAGCCCACCUAAGGCUGGCCAUGGGCUCAUUAGGGAGUCAGUCGUGGAAUGAAAGCAUCAGUGGCAGAUUUGAUGAUGCCCCAACCGAUCGAUCCCCUGAUCAGGUUACUCCUUUGCGCCCCAGACGUGCUUCUAUCCUAAAAGUGCCUUCCGGUCCCUCUCCUACUAGGCGUACGGCUCAGCAAGUCCACAUACUCUCCAUGAUGGAGGAAGUUGUUCGAACCAAGGAAGCCAUCGACACACUCGAUUUUGAAGGAACGAAAAUGCUGCUGAAGCAAUUGAAAGAGAUACACGAAGUUGCGGAGGAAAGAAUGUUGGCGAGAAUGGAUGAAAUGCGGGGCAAGUAAGCCCCGCUGGCAAGGAGGAAAAAUCAAUUUGUAAAUUUGUUGUGUUCGCGUUGUUAGUAUAUAUAUAUAUCAGUAUAUAAUUUAGAUGUCCGAGGCACGUUCUUAAU